GUUAGGGCUAGUAUCGUUCUCUGUGAGAACAAAUAGAAUUUGACAGUGUAGUCAAAUAUUACAUUAACAGGAACAAAUAGAAUGAACAGAAUCAAUUAACCCUUUAAAUAUCGCGAUAUGAUUGAAUGUUCGUCUGCGUGUACGCCCCUCCGGUGUCUGUGUAUGUAGACACCGAAUGACAAAAAACUGUCAACUUUCCCUCAAAGUACUGACCGUUCUGCCAGCAAGCUUGCUUAUUUGGUUUGUUAGUUGGCUGAUGGACAGGAAAUAAUGACAGCAAGUGUUUUGAAGUGUUUUGCCUUGUGUUUCCAGCUCCUACGUCACUUCCGUCUUCAUGGGCUGCCUGGUGGUGCCGCUAGGGGUCAUGUCGCUGUCGUACGGCUGUAUACUGAACAACACACUGAGGGCCUCUCGUCGCUUGAGGCAGUACCGACCGAACUGCGGCCCCAGGCGGACCCGCCACGAACUGCGGCUCAUCAAGAUCACGCUGCUGAUGUCAGCCUGCUUCCUAUUGGCCUGGUUGCCCUACUCCAUCGUCAGCAUGGUCUCGGCCUACGUCAGUGGACUGCACGUGUCGGGGCUCAACUCUGUCUUGCCCACCCUGCUAGCCAAGGUGUCGCACAUCUCCAACCCUCUCGUCUACUUCACCCUCAACCCGCGCCUGCGCCAGCGUGUGCCCUGUUGCCCGGGCACCAUCCUCAAGAUCUGGACCACGGACUGCUCCAGCGACAGCGGCGACCACGCCAACGUGGCCCUGGAGUUCGCAACCCUGCCUCAAGCCUCACCCACGACACAACCUGUGUGAGGCAGCGAUGCUUGUUGCAGCAACCAAGUGAGAGGCAGGCAGCGGUCGUUGGUGGCAUCUUGUGGUCGUUAAAGUGGACCUGAGACAGUUUUUGUGGGACUGGCCUCAUUUUAUCAACUACCGACGAGUUUGAACACCGAAAGUUUGUUUUUUUUUUUUUCCUUGAUGACAAAAUACUUGCUCGGCGUGCGAUGCACCUGCAAACGCGAGCCCCGUGCGGUGGAAAGACACCCCUCGUCUCCACUCUUCCUCCACUCGACCUCCACUAAGAGCAAACAGUCCCACUGCCUUGUGGAUAAUGUUGGUCUGUUUCUGUGAUGUAGACUUAAAGGAGUUGACUGGUUGCUCCACUUAGGACCUGCUAAGACAGGCCUACAUGGCGAGUCUGUCGACUACUGUGUUUAUCUAGUUAUUCACUCAGAAGACCAGAAUAACCGUUUGUGGUACUAGUAAAGGAAUGAACGAAGAUGUUCCAGAUGAUAGCCAACGGAUCAAAAACCCAAAGAAUAAUAUGUAGGAUCGCAAGAUGGUUUGGAAACCCAACAACCUGCUCACUUUGUUCAGGCGUUUGCCUGCUGUGGAUGUUGCAGGACAAUGAGAAGUAAUGGCAGAUCCUCUUGCUGGUCAGUGAGGAUGGAUGUUACUUGUCAGUGAGAAUGGAUUUUAGUAAUGGGUGUUGCUGGACAGUGAGAGUGGAGGAUCCUGAUCAGUGAAGGCAUAUCCUCUUGCAGUAGUAAAGUGUAUGUUGCUGGUCAGUGAGGAUGGAUACUGCUGGUCAGUAAAGAUGAAUGCGUGGAUGUUGCGGGCGAGAACGUUGAUGGUGUAUUAGAGCGGAUGUUGUUGGACAGUCACUGAGUACAGAUUGCGUGAGAGCGUACAUGUUGUUGAACAGUGUCAAGAUUAUCAUAUCAGAUAUUGUUGUCGGCUGCGGAUUGCGAAUCAGGUUCGACGAUGCACUUGAGUGAUUUCAGACAGUGCUCGUGACUUUGAUCUUUAACCUUUCCCAACGUCGACAGUAAUGCUGCUGGUCGGUGUCACUCGAUUUUCCGACUUCGUGGAGGCUUGAACGAAAUAUUAUUUUAAAUAUUACAAAUUUAUUAUUUUAAAUAUUACAAAUGCUCGAUAUAGACAGGAAAUUAAUGACACCGACAAAGAAUCUUUGUGCCAUAUAUAUGAGCAUGUUUGCAGGCGUAAGAUAUAACCCAGUUUUAAAAUGGACAAGCUUCUAAAUAUCAUCCAACGAAACGUGAAACUUCGAUUACGCUGCCAAAAAAUAAAAAGAUCGUGUGGCCUUUAUUCUCAGAUUGUGGCUUUGUGCAAAAUAUCCUGACCUCAUUCUGAAAGAAGGUUCAUAUUAUACUUUUGUCUUCAUCUUAGCCCUGAGAGACAAAUACAAAAAAUGUCAGAGCGUGUUUUUCUGUCAUCGUGCUUCAUCUCGAAACCUUACAGUUUCAUCUCAAAACAUCGACUUUCUUUGAUGAUAAUAAAACUAUUUUGAACUCCGACAUUAAAACUCGAGUUUUUAAUCCUCUUCUUAAUUCACCAAAGACUGAUGCUUAACUGCAAACAAAAUCGAAGAGCACGAGAAACCUGAAAGAAAGAGAUUAUAAAUAUUAAGGGAGGGAGAAGACGACUUGUAUCUUGAGUGAAUGGCAGAAAUAAAAGAAGGAAAUGUCCUUUGUCUGGGUCAGAAGUGUUUAAGAGCUCUAUUUUACCGUCCAAGUUUUUCUUUUUUUAGGACACUAUUAUUCCUUCCGUGUUUUCCUCUCCCUAAAAAUGGAGGUGAAUAAGCCUCUUUAGACCAGCACAUUCAAUAGCUCUUGCAGCUUCUGACGUCCAUUCUGUACAAUAAGUCUCUUUGCAGCUGACAUGAAGUCAUAAUAAAAAUGCGAAGGACGCUAGUAAUGAGAGAGAAAAUAGAUAGAAAGAAAGAGAAAUGAAAGAAUGGUGGGAAAAGAAAGAAAUGUGUAUUUGUAAGGCGCUUAUUUAGCAGAUACGAGACGCAUUCAUUCGGUCAUGCAUGCACACCAUCCAAAUAAAAACCAAAAACAAAAAGACAAAAAAAACAAAAAAGGCGAAUAACCCACCAUUCAGCCACAAUUAAAAAGCAACACUCAUACCUAGACAAUCAAACAGUCGACGAGGAACAAAGACACAGUGCAGUGAAUAAUAAUUUCUGAAAUAACUCAUUUUAUGAGGUUUAAUUGAAGGCUGUGAAGUGCAUGAAUGGUAGAACCAAGAAGGGGCGGACUCUGUGUGCGAUCUAGAGAGAGAAAAAAGAGGAAUGUCCGCUGGAGAACGGAAGAGGAGGCAGAGAGUAGCGGAAAAUCAGAGUGAAAAGCUAGUUAUAAGCUUUGUCGGCGAUAGUGUUAUAGCAUCGAGAAUAGAACUGAUGAAAUAGUUUUGCCAUGUCUUUCUGACGUCCUGCUUUUAAUAUAGAGACUCUUCAAAGAAAAUCCACAUCCGCUUGCAUUUUAAGACCUGCCAAGUCGUUUUUAUGUUCUCUGGUACUUCAAACAUUUCUGAUUUAAAAGGUCAAUGGAUCGCCCCUACAUGAUAAUACCAUAUAUUCUAGCUAAAUCACAAUAAAAUGUAAUAUAAACAUUAUAUUUUCUAACUUGCGACGCGCCAUUCA